AUGUAUAUAAAAACCUUAACCUAUAAGCAAAACCACACACAAAUUGGGAUCCAAACCAAGAAGAAGCCAUCGUCGUCAUCAUCAUCAUCAUCGUUAUAUCAUCAUAUAUCCAUGAGGAAGCAAUCACCUUCGUCAACAAAUGGCAGUGGCAGCAGUGGUAAAACGACGCCGUGUUGCAGCAAGGUGGGGAUAAAGAGAGGGCCGUGGACGGCGGAGGAAGACGAGGUUUUGGCCAAGUUCAUAAGGAAAGAAGGAGAAGGACGGUGGCGGACGCUGCCCAAGCGAGCUGGGCUCCUGCGCUGCGGCAAGAGCUGCCGUCUCCGGUGGAUGAACUACCUCCGCCCCUCCGUCAAGCGCGGACACAUCGCCCCCGAUGAGGAAGAUCUCAUUCUCCGUCUCCACCGUCUUCUCGGCAAUCGGUGGUCUUUGAUAGCAGGGAGAAUUCCAGGGCGCACUGACAAUGAGAUAAAGAAUUAUUGGAACACUCACCUGAGCAAGAAGCUGAUCAAUCAAGGCAUAGAUCCCAGAACCCACAAGCCCUUCAACCAAACACUCGAUCAUCAUCAUCAUCACCAUCAGCAGCACCAUCAUGAUCAUCACAGCAAUAUUAAUAAAGCUUCUUCUUCCUCUGCUCUUAUUCCUCCUGCUAUCCCUAAUAAGAUUCAAGCUCCAUUUUUAAGCACAGUUCCUGAAGAGCAAGAAGAAGAGUUAGUAGCUCCUCCGAGUACCACUACCGAACAUCUUCAUCACCAAGAUCACGAAGCAGCAGCUACAGCACAGAUCAUCAAUGAAAUUACCAACAAGGAAAAUAAUAAUGGAUACAAUAUUAGCUUUGAUGAUCUACUAGUUGGUGGUGGUGGUGGUGGUGGUCAUCAUGAUCAUGAUGACAACAAUGGUGAUUUAUACAAUCAUGUUGGGUACGAGAACUUUGGAUUGAGAAUGAUUAAAAGUAGUACUAAUGAUCAUCACCUUGUUAAUAUUAUGGGAAAUGAAGAUCAUCAGGAGAAUCAUAACAACAACAAUAAUAAUAACAACAAUAAUCAUAAUCAUAAUCAUAAUCAUGAGGAUAUGAACUACUGCUCUGAUGAUGUACUCUUCUCUUCGUUCCUGAACUCGAUUAUCAAUGAAGAUGCUUUUCUCUCUGGUCAUCACCAUGAUCAUCAUCAACAACAACAACAACCAGUUCUUCUGCCUAAUCAUCAUCUUCAUCAUCAAGAUCCUUUGCUCUUUCCGGUGAUUAACAACAACUCUUCAUCCAACGGUUUCUGCUUUGAUCAACCAAAGUGAUCAUGUGAUGGGGUGGAGCAGUAAGAGCGUGCUUGCAUGCAGUGUUUUAAUUUGGUUAUGAUUUAUUAUAGUUUAUGGAACUCUAGAAUGGGGAGAGUUUGUGUUUGAAAAUUUAUUAUGUUAUAUAUAUAUAUGAUAUUAAUCAUAUCAUAUUUGGAUGUUUGUAUGAACUAAAUUAUUGUUCAAAUUUUUUUCAAUGGGCAGUGUGUCUUGUUUGUGGUUUUAUUAUGGGUAUUGAUUUUUUUUUUCUUUUGCUAUUGUAAUAUACAGACCUUCAAAUAUUAUUGGAUGUGCUUUGUUUAUUGUAGUAAUAUCUUAUUUUAUAUAUAUAUAUAUAUGCAUGUACUUAUAUUAGAUAACUAUAUAUAAAUGGUGUGCGUAUAUAAUAUAAUGAAGUUCAUUAUGCAAGCAUGCUAUAUAUAUAGCUCAUAUAUUAUGAAUCUUUUCAUGAUUAUGUUGUUGUUUAUGAUUUAAUAUCAUGGAUAUGUUAUAAUAUUUUAAUUAAUGGAAUUAAGUAUUAUUUGAGUACAAAAUAAUAUAUCAAAUACAUAUAUACACCAGAGUAUUGUUUGCAGUGAUUGAUCUCUAGCUACCCCCAAUAUUUAUAUAUACAUAUGUAUGAUACUCUUAUGUGGGACUAUCUAAUAUUACAUGUGUGAGCCUAGCUAAAAAUGUAGAUAUAAUAAAGGAUUUUAAAUACACAAGAGUUGAUAUUUGAGAGUAUAUAUAUAUAUAUCACAAAGCCAAAUUAAGAAAUUUUAUAGAUAUUUAUAUGAACUCAACAAAUUAAUAAGCUCGCUAGCUAGAUUGAGAAAUGUAUGAGUAUGUACACAUCAUCCUAAUAAUUGGUUCGAAAUACACAUGCAUGCAUCGACCUAAAAGUGUCAAAUAUAAAGAUUAAGGGUGGAGAGAAAUGCAAAAGUUUAAUAAAUUGUGUUCAUCGGAAGCAAAAAUUAAAAAAUUCAUUUAGGGGACAUAUAAAUGUAAGAAUUUUUUUU